GUGCGUGAGAAUCGCUAAAGGAAGUGACUGCCUCAUUUGCAAAAACAAAACAACCAGCCACUGACCCUUCCUUGUCCUUUGCUCUGAUCGGUAACUAGAAACUUCCCGGGGGAGAAAAGAAACCCUGGAGAUGAUCGCUGCCAAGGUGAAGGAAGAGGCGCCUGGGCAACUCCCAGUCUAACUGCUUCGUGCAGGCAACACCGCGUGGGCGGUCUGCAGAGCUGCGUUGCUAGAGGAACAAAGAGAUCGACAACUGCCUCCCCUUGACGUCCCCCGCCCAGGAGGUUAUAAAGAAGUGGCGGGUAGGGGAAGCAGUUUGGGGAGUGCUCGCUGUGGGAGCGCGCCGGGGCCCCUGCGUGCAGGUCACUAGAGAUUGCCAGGGGGUGGAGGUGAGGCACGAGCAGCAAAGCAAGCUGGCAGCACAGCUGGAAGACACAGCAGGCUCUGCACUGAAGAAGCCGUUUGAAGAGCUCAGGCAGGAGCUGGAGAGACGGGUGGCUCAGGAUGAGUGAGCUGAAGCUCGCAGUGCUGGGCAGUAGAGGAGCUGGCAAGUCUGCCCUAACAGUGAGAUUCCUAACCAGGCGUUUCAUUGGAGAAUAUGCUUCUAAUUCUGAGUGCAUCUACACUAAACAUUUGUGUCUGGAUGGGAGGCAAAUGAACUUGGAAAUUUAUGACCCUUGUUCACAGCCACGACCGGGGAAGCUGUCCCUCACUGAUGAACUCCACUGGGCUGACGGAUUUGUCAUUGUGUAUGACAUCAGCGACAGAGCUUCCUUUGCCUUUGCAAAGGCAUUGCUAUACAGGCUACGAGAUUCCCACCUGGCAGCUUGCAAAAGAGUGGUAGAGUCAGCUGUAUUCUUAGUUGGUAAUAAGCAGGAUCUAUGCCAUAUGAGAGAAGUAGGCUGGGAUGAAGGACAAAAGCUGGCAAUGGAUAACAAAUGCCAGUUCUGCGAACUGUCUGCAGCCGAACAUUGUCAGGAAGUAGUGACCAUGUUCACGAAAGUCCUAAGAACCAUCACCACAAACUUCAAAGUGAAGGAAAAGAGACGACCCAGUGGGUCAAAGUCAAUGGCUAAACUAAUCAACAACAUGUUUGGGAAGAGGAGGAAGUCUGUGUAGUGGAUGUCCAGGCUCAUGGAAACCAUUGAACAACGAUACACUGAAACAUUGCAACAGUGGGCCAUAUGCAAUGCUUGGACUCAGCCAAUGAGUACAUGUGUUUAAAAGGUCUCCAUUUGAAAGGAUGAUAUGUCAGUACAAACCAAAGAUGAUUGGCAGUGUGGGCCAGUAGACAGAGUACUGCACUGGGAUUCAGAACACCUGGGUUCUAUUUACAGCACUACCAUGGACCUGCUGUGGACCUUGGCAAGUUUCUUCAUCUGUCUGAGCCUCUGUUUCCCCUCUCAACCUGUGUCUUGUCAGCUCUUAGAAGGACUGUCUUUUACUACUUUGUUUGUAGAGUGCUACCAACAAUGGGGCCUUAAUUUUGGUUGUAGCUUCUAGGUGUUACUGUAAUAUUAAUACUUUUUUUCCAGUGAACUCAGCCUCUCUGUGCCUUGCUGAACAAUAGCCCAACUUCAGAAUUCCAAGAUUUAUCUGUAACAGCAAUUGCACUAACUGAAACCAGGAUUGGUACUUUGUGAUAUUGCACUUGUAAGUAAAUGAGUGGAGGAUACUUAAUGCCUGACUUUCAGGGCUUCCUUCUCCUGAAAAGCUGCCAUGAGUAGGGAAUCAGAUAAAUGAGGUCAUCAGCUGUCUCCCAUUUCGGUAUUCCUGCUGGAGCUUGAUGGGCAGAAAUAUGGUCCAGUGGAGAGGAAACUGGAAUGGGAGUCAAGAGCCUUGGGCUCACUUUGGCUCUGCCGUUGACUUGCUCUGUGACCUUGGACAAGGUCUUUUUGGGUGAAAUUUACUCCUAUGCAUCAAUUUUAUCUUCCCUGGCCACCUGGGUAUUUGAAUCCAUGAUUUCAAACUUCAGAGGUGGAAGCCAAUCCCUUACACCAUCUUUCACUCUUAUGCAGCUGGCCAGUUCAGCCAAUGUAUCACUGAAAUCCAACUUAAGAACUCAGGCCAAAUAAAUUAAAUUAAUGGAGAUAUCCUAUCUCCUAGAACUGGAAGGAACCUUGAAAGGUCAUAGAGUCCAGCCCCCUGCCUUCACUAGCAGGACCAAGUACUGAUUUUGCCCCAGAUCCCUAAGU